AUGGGAUUGAAUGUGGAGGAGAAAGGCCCUGCCAGUGGACGAGAGGAUUACACACAAGAUGGGACAGUGGAUCUUAAAGGUAGACCUGUUUUAAGAUCAGAAACUGGAAGAUGGAGAGCUUGUUCCUUCAUCGUCGGCUAUGAAAUUUUUGAGAGGAUGGCUUACUAUGGAAUAGCAACAAACCUAGUGUUGUAUCUGACAGAUAAGCUUCAUGAGGGCACUGUAAAAUCCUCCAACAAUGUCACCAACUGGAUUGGAACUGUGUGGAUGGCUCCCCUUUUAGGUGCUUACAUUGCAGACAGUUACCUUGGUCGAUAUUGGACUUUCAUCAUUUCAUCCGCCAUCUAUCUCUUGGGAAUGUGCCUGUUGACAAUGGCAGUAUCACUUCCAUCCUUGAGGCCACCGCCUUGUGGAGAGGAGACGAAAGAUGGGCACUGUGGCAACCAUGCAUCAUCAUUGCAAAUUGGUGUUUUUUAUGGUGCUCUGUACAUCGUUGCAGUUGGAACAGGAGGAACUAAGCCUAACAUCUCCACCAUGGGAGCCGACCAGUUCGACGAUUUUGAGCCCAAAGAAAGGCUUCAUAAAUUAUCAUUCUUCAACUGGUGGAUGUUUAGCAUCUUCCUGGGAACACUGUUUUCUAACACUUUCCUGGUGUACAUACAAGACAACAUUGGUUGGGGCGUUGGUUAUGGCCUUCCAACCGGCGGACUUGCUUUAUCCAUACUUGUCUUCAUUCUUGGGACCCAUUAUUAUAGACACAAACCUCCUUCGGAAAGUCCUCUGAGCAGAAUGGCUAAGGUACUUGUGGCAACGGUUAGGAAGUGGAAAGUGGCGGCUCCGGAGGACCCAAAAGAGCUUUACGAACUGGGCAUGGAAGAAUAUUCCAAAGCUGGCAAGUUUAGAAUUGAUCACAGCUCCUCUCUGAGAAUUCUUGACAGAGCAGCCGUGCUAUGUGAAUCUGCUUCGCCGUGGACGGUAUGUUCGGUGACACAAGUUGAAGAAACAAAGCAAAUGAUAAAAAUGCUUCCAGUUCUGGUAGCAACAUUUAUACCCAGUGCUAUGGCAGCACAGACACACACCCUCUUCGUCAAGCAAGGGAAGACUUUGGAAAGGCACAUCGGUUCCCAUUUUGAAAUUCCACCUGCAUGUCUCUCUGCCUUCGUAACAAUUUUCAUGUUGAUAAGCAUCGUGGUUUAUGAUCGCUUCUUCGUUCCUGCAAUUAGAAGAUACACUGGAAACCCAAGAGGGAUCACUUUAUUGCAGAGAAUGGGGAUUGGGUUCGUGUUCCAUGUUAUUAUAAUGAUUAUUGCUAGUUUUGUUGAGAGAGAGAGGCUGCAAGCUGCCAGAGACCAUAACAUCGUUGGGAAAGACCAGAUUGUUCCUCUUUCCAUCUUCAUUCUCCUCCCUCAGUUUGCUCUAAUGGGGAUUGCAGACAACUUUAUGGAAGUCGCAAAACUAGAAUUCUUCUAUGAUCAGGCGCCCAAAGGCAUGAAAAGUCUUGGAACUGCCUACUUUACAACGAGCUUAGGAAUUGGAUAUUUCCUAAGCAGUUUUAUUUUAACGACGGUGGCAGAUGUCACCAAGAGAGAUGGCCGCAAGGGAUGGAUCUUAGACAGCCUAAAUACCUCACGACUAGACUACUACUAUGCAUUCUUUGCCCUUCUAAGCUUUCUUAACUUUCUUCUUUAUCUGGUCGUCACAAAGUUUUAUGUUUACAAUUCCGAUAUCAGUGAAACCACAAGGGAGUUGCAGGAAGCAAUGGAAACUUCACCAAUGAAACCUACAACUGAAAAUGAAUAA